GACGUUCAAGCAAGCCUCCCUGGAUCUGGACUCUAUGGCCUUGAAGUGGAUCCAUUUCCAUCCUUGAGAAUUCCACAAUUCUUUGAACGUUGAGAAGGGUUUCGAAUGGUCUUGUUGAUAUCGCUCAUGAAAGCUCAGUAACAGACUGCUGAUGUCGUUGCGCAAAGUGGGGACAUAGAGGGAAGAAGUAAAAUAAUUAGGCUGCAGGACCAGAUUGCCACGGUUGGCCGAUGCCAUUACAACGCUCAAAAAUCAGUGCGUUGGUCUGGAUAAGAUCAAGAAUUUCAACUCGGCAAUCAUCACAAAUUAUGAUCAGGUGACACGACAUCGCUUUCGUCAAACGCGGUUCACUCUCUCGGAGUCGCGCUUCUCAUUUCAUCCAUGUUGCGGAGGCGGUCGAACAUAAUCAGCUGCUUCUUCUGCCACAACACCGUAUCUCCGGCGGACCCCCAGAGCUUCCGAUGCCCUCAUUGCCACUGCCUGAAUCGCUUCGUGAACGGUAAUGUCGAAGAACCGGCCAUGCACGAUGAAGCACUCAACGGCCGCGCGUUCUCCAAGCGCGCUUCGCCUACCAAGAAUCAGCUCCCGACUAUGUACGGGUCUGGGAUCUUCUGCCACGACUGUCAGACGAAUCAGAUGCUGGUGGUCAACUUGCUGGCAAACUACCUGCCGCCCCAGGAUGAGGCUAGAGAGGAAGGGCAGCCGCAGACGGUGGACGAAUAUCGGGAGUCUCUGUAUCGACGUUACCCUCAGGUCUGCGAAUCCUGUCGGCCGGCCAUGGAGGAGGAAGUCAAUCGGAAAAACAACAUGGCGCGCUCCAAGGCCCUCGGCGGACUUCUGAAGCAGACCAAAGGAAAGACAAAGCAGCGGCAAGUCUCACUUACUGCUCAAGACAACGUAACGAACGAGUUGCUUUUCUGGCGUGUUCGUGGCGGUCUGUGGAUAACGACUGUGCUGGGGUCCGCAUUCGGCCAGAACCAGCUCUUACGGCUGUCCUUUCUCGCUAAAGGACUUCCCUUUCUUGCUCUACUCUCUAUCCUAUGGGUGGCCUGGGAUCCAACAUAUUCCACUUACCGGGCGGCCAGAAUACAAGGGAGAGAUGUGCGCAUACUUGGAAAGCAAAAACAUAUCAUGGUGCAAAUGAUGGCAUGGUCGUUAAGGCUCGUGACGAGUCUUUGCCUUGCUCUUGCCUCCCUUGGACAUUACGAUCCGCUUGACUUAUCGCAUUUCCCGUCGCAUCGGAGCCACGUCUAUUUCGUCAUCAUGUCUGCUGUGGAAUUCACGGCGCUCAUUGUCCCCUUCCUCGUACUCGAAGUGCAGCGACCGCCUGCGAUCCGAUUGAUUGACACCAGCUCACACAAGAUAUUCCCGAGCUCCCGUUCGCAAACACCAGUCGAAGAACCAGACCUGUUCGCGGGUCUUUCCCUGUCCGCAAAGCCGGUAUCCACACCCCUGGUAUUUGGACAAACCUCGAUGCAGUCAUCUAUCCCAGCACGCGGACAAGGCCCAGACACCGGAGACUCGAUGGAUGUCGACUGGUCUGCAUCCGACUCGAAGCCACGGGGCAGCGACGCAGUCUGGCUCAGACCUCAGCGGUUCUUUGCUCCAGAAGCCCCGACGGGACUGGAAGCCAUGUUUGAGCGCACGAAAAUACUAGACGAUGUGACGAUGACGGACGUGUCGCGCGAGAAGCCAGUGCCGCCGCGGAAGAUGUGGGCGGUCUGGAUAUGGGCUCUGCUGAUUCCAGUGGUCGCGAUCGCAUAUACACUUUGGAUAACGUUCUGGAUGACGCCUCCUAGCGGCGUCCCACCGACAUUCGAACCAGAUUACUGGGCUGUCCCAGAGGCAAUGUGAUGUAUGUAAUAUAGUGUAUGUGCUGCUAAUCGUACAAUUCAAUGUCUGUGUGAAACUCGCAGGGCUGUCUGCCAAUGGCAAUGCCUUGUCCAGGCUGCAGAUUCCGAGUAGUCCACGUCUUCGUCCCCGGCUUGCACAACUUGACGACGGGGUCUUCCGUCACAGCGUCAACUCCGUGGUGCUGCGAACAGAUCCCCUGCCCGAACGGAUGCGGAAACAUCUCGUCGUCGUCCGGCUCCUCUCCGUCGCGCAGAAAGUCGUGCGCUAGUGCGUCUUUGGACGUGAUCCGUUUCGUGGCUUCGGGUUCCAGUAGACCCUGCAAGAAACUGAAGGCGAGAUCCACGUCGCGCUUGUGAUCUUCCACGGAAGGGCUGUAUGUGUCGGAUCCAGGCGAGCUGGGAGUAGUCCGUGAUGGAGAUGACGAUACCGGAGGAACACCGCUGUAUGGAAAGUCUCGUGCGUCCUGUGACUGAGGCACUCCUUGCUCUGUGACCGUCGGAACAUUCGUGUAGAAAGCACGAUCUAGAUGCGAAGAGUCAGUCGCUCAGUCCCCAUUCCAUGUAGGGGAUCAACAUACUAUGAAGCAGAGCGGCUUUCUCCAUCUUCUUCUUGCCUAGGAUGGUCGCCAUCUCUAGCAAAGCUUCAUUGUCAUCGGCGCAUUGAAAGAUAGGAAAUUUGCCGGUCAGGAAGAAGAGUAGAAUGAUGCCUGAAGACCAAACAUCAAUCGCUACCCAGCUUCAUCAGCCUCUUUGCAAUGGAUCUUGGCUGCAUUAACGCACCUCCAGUUUGCUCACCGCACUUGAAGAGCACUUCUGGCGC